AUGUCAUUUUAUCGAGCAGCUAUCUUUGGUAUCAAAGGUCUUUCAGAAUAUACACGAUCCGGUUUUGAAUCAGCAUCAAAACGAUUUAAUUCAUAUGACACUGAUGUCGAUUUGUCUGAUCAACAUAUAAUGAUUACUGGAGCUAAUUCGGGUAUUGGAAAAGUAGCUGCACUUGAAUGUGCUAAACGUCAAGCCUAUGUUUAUAUGGUUUGUCGUGAUGAACAACGUGGUAAAGAAGCUCAAGAAGAAAUUAUUCGAGAAUCAAAUAAUCGAAAUGUUGAAUUAUAUUUAUGUGAUUUGUCAAAACCACAAGAUGUUGCGACAUUUACAAAACAAUUUAUUCAAUUACAAAAACCAUUAAAUGUUUUAUGUAAUAAUGCAGGAUGUAUGAUUAAUGAAAGACAAUUAAUUAAUGAUGAACAUGAAGUAAAUUUUGCAACAAAUACAUUAGGUACAUAUAUAUUAACAAAGAAUUUAAUACCUCUUUUAACACAAAAUCAACCUGCUCGUGUAUUUACAACCAGUUCAGGAGGUAUGUAUAAUGUUAAACUUGAUCCGGAUGAUUUGAAUUCAACUCAAAUGCGAACAUUUAAUGGCGAUCUUGUUUAUGCACAAAAUAAACGACAACAAGUUGUUAUGGCUGAACGACUUGCUGAGCGAUAUCCAUCGAUUUAUUUUGCUACAUGGCAUCCAGGUUGGGUUGAUACACCUGCUGUUCGUUCAGCAAUGCCAACAUUUUAUGCAAAAAUGCAAAGUCGUUUAAGAACACCAGAACAAGGUGCUGAUACAUUGAUUUGGUUAUGUUGUCAAAAAGAUAUAGCUAAAAAAUGUAAAAAUGGAGAUUUUUUUCAAGAUCGUAUUGCUGUUUCAAAACAUUUACCAUUAGCAUGGACGAAAUCAACUGUUGAAGAAGAUGAACGAUUUAUGAGAAAUCUUGAUCGAGUUUAUGAAAAAUAUGUUCAAUAA